GAUUUAUUUUAGAAUUUCUACCGUUCAUUUUUAAACAGUUUUUGGACUAGAAUGUAUAUUUAGGUUUUUAAAUAAUUUUCGAAGGCUUAAGUCGGAUAAUACUUGAAAAAAAAAAUUGUUUUUUCUAACUAUUUGCAAAGUCAUACAAUACUGUGCCUGUGGUAGUACUGAAGGUUAUACGUACAGCUGUAGUCAUUAAGCUGGUAUAUCGAGUUGUUUAUAUCUUUGCCGGUAAUUGAGUGCUUAAUUCUUUUGUUUUAAAAGAGUUACUCAUUUUUUGUGUCUGUUUACCGCAAAUGGAAUAGUUCCGUGAAUAUUUUCUUCAGUUCAUGGUUAUUUAUUAUCUUUUUGUUAAUCUCAUCUUAACCUGAGUUUUGUAUACAAUGAUGACUGGCACAUGUUAUGAUAUAUUUGUUGUAUAAACUGUACCCCCAUGUUCUACUGUAAAAUAAUUUAAUUUCAGACUUGAAUAACCUGUAUAUCAUUUUGCAAUCUGGAACCCUGAUAAUUGUCCUCAAUGGCUGACAAAAAUAAGUCCAUAGAAGAUUUUGUGAAGUUUACUUGUUCAACUGAAACAGAGGCCAGGUCAUAUUUAGAAAAUGCUGGCUGGAAUACAGAAAUGGCUCUUUUGAUGUACUUUGAUGAUCGUGAUGAAAGAAUGGAUGCAACAACGGACCGCAGUUGCCAAAAUAGUGCAGCUCCAGCUGCUGAAAAUAUUGCUGAUAGUGACAAUGAUGAGCCUACAGAGGCCGAAGCCCCAGAACCAUUUACAUUUGCUGCAACACCUGAAAGGUCAUCUACUGGUAGGCAAGGUCCCGUGCGGGUUAAUAGAUCGAAUAUAAGAACAUUCUCAUCAUUGAGAUCUAAUAAUGAUGAUGAUGAAGAUGAAGAUCAACUGUAUUAUGCUGGUGGUUCCCAGAGCAGUGGACAGCAGAUAAUGGGAAAUGAUAGGAGAGGAGAUGUUGCCGGCGAAGUUUUCAAACAUUUGAAACAAAUGGUCAGUGUAGGUGACAUAGAAUUAGCUGGUCCUUCUAAAGAAUCUGGGAAAUCUAAAUUUGCUGGUCCUGGUUAUCGUUUAGGUCAAACUCCUGAUGACACUAAGGUUAUUGGUGGUUCAUCUUCACAAGGUUCUGAUGAACGACCUGAAAUCCAUCUGCGUUUGUGGAGGAAUGGUUUUACUGUUGGUGAUGAACCUUUGAGACCAUACUCGAACCCCGAAAACAGAGAAGCGAUUGAUAUGCUUCUGAGGGGUGAAGUGCCUGUCAGUCUGAUUCCUCCUGGGACUACAGAUGGUAAAGUUAAUGUACAAGUUGAAGACCUUCGCCAUGAAAAUUAUUCAGGAUCAUCCUCAAGAGGAAAAUAUUUCACAGGCCAAGGCCAUGUGUUAGGAAAUGUUGUGCCUGAUGUUGUUACCAAUGAAGGUCCUGCAGCUCCUGCUGCAACUGAAAACUCACAAUCAAGUGAACCUCCUCCAUCAUCACCCCUCCAGGUGAAUGAAACUGAACCAGUCACAACAGUUGUUAUCAGACUUCCUAAUGGUGCAAGGUCUCAAGUACGCCUUAAUGUAUCUCAUACAGUUGAAGAUUUGCGAGGGCACUUGACAACUGUUCACAGAGAACUUAAUGGUCAGAUAUUUGCUUUCAUGGUUAAUUUCCCUCCUAAGGAAGUUACUGAUGAAAAGUUGUCUGUGAAAGAUGCAGGUUUGAUGAAUUCUUCUGUUUAUUUGAGAGUAAAAAAAUAAUUAUUUAAAUUUUACAAAAGCUAUUUCUCAAUUUUCAUUUUUAUUUCUGAAAUGGUUUAGUACCAUAUUAAAUGUGAUUAUUUAUUUCUAUCAUAAAAUGAUCAUUCAAGUAAUACACAGUUGUUAUAAUUGUGUUUUAAUAUUGAACACAUUUAUUUAUGCCAAGGCCUAAUUGUGUAUUACUUUUAUUUUACUGUUGUUGAAUGUGAUAUAUAGACAUAGUUAGAAAUUCAUUCUAAUGAACAGUGAAUUAAACACCUGUAAUUCUAAAAGAACUGCUAAUCAUUUUAGAAUCAUUGUUUUACAUAUACUUUUUAAAAAAUGUUAAAUCUUGAUAUUUUCGGUUACUUUAUAUAAUUUGGCAUUUGAUUAUAAUGAUGACACUGUAUGUUGUAAACCUUUUUAGUAUCAGCAAAGGCCAAGGAGAAAUUCUUGAUAACAGUAACAAGAAAUCUAUAUGAAUUUCUUAAACAGUCGUAUUAAUAGUUUGUAAUAUUAAUCUUUCUGAAAAAAAGAAAACCUUUGCACAUUUGAAUAGUUUCCAUUCAUUAUCUUGCAAUAUUUGUUAUUAUUUCUGUAAGCUUUGUAUAUUUUGAUUGUGCAUUAGUUCUUUUUUUUUAAUUUAAUUUAUUUUUUUAUUCCCUCAGUUAAGAUCAGUAUAAUAACAGUAUUUGAAUAAUAGAGUUCAUGUAAUGAUCAGAAACUGAAGUUGCAUUUUAUUUUAUCCGGUUGCUUACUUUUUGAUGUGCUUAUAUUUACUCAGAUUCAAUAAAAAAAUAUUUUGAAAAUCUUAA